AUGUUCCUUCUCGGCCACCCACCGGCGAUGAUCCUCGGCUUGCGCUUGGUGCUCUUCCUCCUCGUCACGGCUAGUGGCCCCCGCAAUGGCAAGCAACCCGCGGCGGCCUCGCCCGUUCGGGGCCUUGACCUUUUAAGAUUUGAGCUGCGACAAGAUAGAAUGCAAAUCGUCAUGCUGUCCCGACAGCACGUGGCUGCGUUAGCCGCUCGCAACCUUGUUUUGCCCUCCAUGGGGGUUGUGCCCGAACGUGCCAAUGCGUCGUCUUAA